GAGGAUCGUGGCUGGAGUCCGUGAUACUGCGCGCAUGGGAAGGUGCACUCUGAGUGAUCUCGUGCGAAAGUGGAAAAAUCCGGUGCAUAGCGAAUGAUGGGCUGAUCUGGAGUACCCGCCAUGGAUAUAGACUUCCUCUCUGACGAUUCCGCCCUGCAAGCGAUCUUAGGCAGGAGCGACCUGGUGUCGGGAAUCGAUAACGACGCGUUAGACUUCAGCCAGCUGGAGAGCUACAUCAACGAGAACAUCGACGAUGGCGCUGGGGAGUUCGCGGAUGGCCUGUCCGGCCCAGAGGCGGCCAAGUACGGCGCCGACCCGGAGUCGGGCGGGGUUCGCGGCGGCCUGCCCGCCUCCGGGUUCCUCUCCUGCAAGACGGGCACCUCUCAGCCCCACCUGCCCGACAGUCCACCGGACUCGGGGUCUGAACCCCCCUUCAGCCCGCAGGAUCAUCCAUCUCACCUACACUCACCUCAUCAGAAGCCGCUGUCGGCUCACCUGACCGAUCUCUCCGAGGCGCCGCACCCGUUCAUGAUGGGCGGGGCGCGAGGGCCGGCCCAGGUGCAGUUCCACGGCGCCCCCUCCACCAGCCAGCCGCAGCUUCCGCCGCCAGGCAUCUCGUCACAGAUGGCCAUGUCGAGCAUGGGCCCGGUGCCCCUGACGGCGUUCGGGUCACCGCUGGCGGCCCAGGGUCCGGCUUACUCGCCGGCCGCCCAGCCGGCAGCGCCAAAUAAGAAGCGCAAGCUGUCAUCGUCCGAGCUGCUUAACCUGCCCAUCAAGCAGGAGCCAGGGCCGCGGGUGCCGCCGCCGUCCAACUUGGCGCCGCCGCUCUCGCUGCCGCCCAUCGUCACCCAGGCCGGCCUGGAGGAGGACGACUACACCUUCGACAUGUCCUGUAGCAACGACAUCACCAGCUACAUGGACCCCGCCUACCAGUGCAUCCGCUUCACGCCGUUCCAGCAGAACCUGUGGCACCAGACGUGUGACGCCAACCUGAAGGAGCUGCAAACGCCCUACUUCAAGGUGGACGCCGACAAAGGCUUUAAUUACUCCAACUCGGACGAGGCGUUCGUCUGCCAGAAGAAGAACCACUUCCAGAUCACGUGUCACAUCCACCAGCCGGUCAGCAGGCCGCACUACGUGAAGACGGCCGACGGGCUCAAGAAGAUCGACGCCUUUAUCGUCAACUUCUUUGGCGUGAAGACGGAGAGCCCGAACCAGUGCAUCAAAGUGGAGCAGAGCCAGAGCGACCGCACCAAGCGGUGCUACAAACCAGUCGUCGUGGAGCUGAACCCGGAGCAGACCGUGAAGAUCACGGUCGGUCGGCUCCACUUCUCCGAGACCACCACCAACAACAUGCGCAAGAAGGGCAAGCCAAACCCGGACCAGCGCUUCUUCUACCUGGUGGUCAGCCUGCAGGCUGCCGUGGGCGAGAGCCGACACCCGCUGAUCCAGUUCGCCACGGAGCGCAUUAUCGUCCGGGCGUCCAACCCGGGCCAGUUCGAGUCGGACGUGGAGCUGUGCUGGCAGAAGGGCCAGACGCAGGACUCCACCUACCACGUGGGUCGCGUCGGCAUUAACACCGACAAGCCGGACGAGGCGCUGGUGGUGCACGGCAACCUCAAGCUCACCGGGCACGUGAUGAACCCCAGCGACCGGCGCGUCAAGGACGAAAUUCAGGAGCUGGACACCAAGGAGCAGCUGAACAACGUGCAGAAGCUGCGUGUCGUCAAGUACAACUACGUCGACGAGUUCGCCGAGAGCGUCGGCCUGGAGGAGGCGGCUGACACGGGCGUCAUCGCCCAGGAGGUGCAGCGUAUUCUGCCGGACGCCGUGCGCCCCGCCGGCGACGUCCUCCUCCCCAGCGGCCGCACCGUCGACAACUUCCUGGUCGUCAACAAGGAGCGGAUCUUCAUGGAGAACAUCGGCGCAGUGAAGGAGCUCUGCAAGGUCACCGGCACCUUGGAGAACCGCAUCGAGGAGCUGGAGCGGAUGAACCGGCGGCUGGCUAAGCUGAAGCGCCACGGCAGUCUCAAGUCCACCAGCAGCAUCUCCACAGUGACGAGUCGAGCGUCCAGCUACCUUUCAUCAUCCCACAUCCACAAGCGGAAGCCCAAGCCGCCUCAGGGCCUGCUGCACAACCGGCUGGUACAGGGCGGCGUCUGCGUCCUGAUCCUAGUCAUGCUCUUCUGUUUGAUAGCGAUGGCCACCCUUUACAUCAUGGAGUGGCAGAAGCACCAGGCCCUGCUGGCCAACACCAACCAUACCUCCACCGAGACCGACGCGCACCACCGACCGGACGGCAGCCUUUUCCCUCGACCCUUCUUGACUGGCAACGACACCGGCAACUUCAGCGACGUGGAGCCCCUGUCGCCGCAGGGGCGGAUCGCCAGCACCGCCGUGCCGUACACUCUCGUUCCGGAGACGACGAUGGUGCCACCGCCAGCGCCGCCGCCGCCGCCGCUGCCCGCCAAGGAGGACUGGACUGUCGUGGAGCAGGAGCAGUCUCCGGCCACUGGGCUGCCGCUGGACGUGAACCGGCUGGAGACGACGCUGGUGCCCGUGCCGUACUCAGGCACGGGCGCAGUGGCGGCCGGCGGUGGCGCGCGCGAUGAGGGCCUGGCGCCAACCACCGCCCAGCCGGGCGCGAACGGCACCGCCGCCGCCGCCGAGACGACUACCACGCCGCGGCCGACGAGCGCGAAGGCGGCGACGGCCGCUGAGUCCACCGUCAAACAGGACCGCUCGGAGAACGGGUCCACGACGGCGGCGCCCAGUCUGCUGACGCCGGUCACGGCUGCCGUCGCCUUGCGAGGGGCUGAGGCGAGGGCGGCGGCGGGCCAGCGGUGGCAGGAGGCCGUGGAUCCGGAGGUUGGUGGUGGUCUGAUCGCGGCGCUAACUUCUACUACGACCACCUCUACCACGACGUCCACUACCGCUGCGACCACCACCACUGCGGCGACCACCACUACCACAACAUCGACCACCACAACCCCCACCACUACCACCACCGCCACUACCACAACCACAACCACCCUGCUGCCGCCGGUGAUCGGCGCCGACGAGAGAUGCCGCGCCGACCAGGGCCUCUCCUGCCCGGUAAUCUGCUGCCUGGCGCUGUCUGCCUCGGAGACUGACCGGAGCCAGCUGCCGGGUGCCGCCGGAAACUCGACCUCGGCUGCCACCGAUGACCUUAACUCUACUAGACUGGAGCCCUCUUCCAGCUUGUCGGACGUUCAGAACAACCAGAUCGGCUACCCGGAAUCCAGCGAGCUCGACUCGCAGCCGGGCAAGAGGGGCCCGUCCAGCUACCCGAGCGAGGAGGAGAGGCGCGCCUCCUCGCACUACUUCGGCCGGCGGCGUAUCAGGUAA